CACUACUGAGCUGGCGGGCUGUGCGCAACAUCGGCGCAUCUUUCAUUCAUACAGGAACUACAAUCUGUCUGUAGUCCGAAGAGUCAAAGUUCGGGUUGCGUGUUAUAAGAGCUAGGCAGGGAGGGAGAGGGAAACAUCAGGCGCCGGGCAGCAACGGAGAUGGAGUAGUCGAACCGUGUGCGUUGUUUAAUCGACGUUUGUGUUAAUUUUACCGAAAUUGGAAUGUUAAUGCUAGUAUGACAUUAGCUAAUUCACGAAGUUAUUUAGCCACAAGUUCCCCGAACAAAGUCUGUAUGUGAUUGCUAAACGCAUGCAGACGUAGCUUUCCGACGUAGCUAGCUAGCUGGCUAAGUAAUUGCAUUGCACAACCGUUUAUGUAAAAUUAAGUGUUUAAUCUGUAAAUCCAGUCAUUGAUUUGUUUUUACAUGGAAGAACUUUGUAGCAUGAUACAAAAAACCAGAAGCAGGGACAAGGGAAGAUCGCUGCACAUGUAAUUGAAUCAAACCGGUGGACGUCGAGGGAAGUUUUUGACAUAUUUUGUUGUCUAAAGUGACAGUUAAGUAAUUAUUUGACACUUUAAAAAAAAAAACAUUCCAGUAUUAAACCUCUUGUCCACGCACAAAGAGCAAGAUGUCGUGCCUUUUUCUUGGAGUUUUAAGAAGACGGGGGGGUUUGGGGGCUGCGAUGGGGGUGCGCUCCCUCUCCACCCUGCCCCCCCUGCCCCCUGCGGUGGAGGAGUUUGUCUCCGGGGCGGUGAAGGAGUGCCAGCCUGCCGGAGUGCACGUGGUGACCGGGACGCCCCAGGAGACCGCCAGCAUCCUGGCCGGUCUGGAGAUGGAGGGGAUGGUGAAGCGUCUGCCCAAAUAUGAGAACUGUUGGCUCGCUCGCACGGACCCUAAGGACGUCGCCCGGGUGGAGAGCAAGACCGUAAUCGUGACCAAAAACCAGAGGGACACCGUCCCCAUCCCCAGCGGCGGGGCCAAGAGCCAGCUGGGAAGCUGGAUGAGUGAGGGAGACUUCCAGAAGGCCCGGGAGGACCGCUUCCCCCGCUCCAUGGCAGGCCGCAAGAUGUAUGUGAUUCCCUUCAGCAUGGGGCCCGUGGGCUCGUCGCUGGCCAAAUUUGGGGUGCAGGUGACGGAUUCUCCGUACGUGGUGGCCAGCAUGGGCAUCAUGACCCGCACCGGCAGUGCCGUCAUGGAGAAGCUGGGCCAGGGGGCGGAGUUUGUCCGCUGUCAGCACUCGCUAGGGCGGCCGCUGCCACUCAAAGCUCCACUCAUGAACAACUGGCCCUGCAAUCCGGAGAAGGUUCUGAUCUCGCACCUCCCGGACUCACGGCAGAUCCUGUCUUUUGGCAGUGGCUAUGGGGGCAACUCGCUGCUGGGCAAGAAGUGCUUUGCCCUGAGGAUAGCAUCGCGCAUCGCUAAGGACGAAGGCUGGCUGGCCGAACACAUGCUGAUUCUGGGAAUCACCAGCCCUCAGGGAGUGAAGCGCUACGUGGCUGCAGCAUUCCCCAGCGCCUGCGGAAAGACCAACCUGGCCAUGAUGAAGCCAGCUCUGCCAGGCUGGACUGUGGAGUGUGUGGGCGAUGACAUCGCCUGGAUGAAGUUUGACAGUCAAGGAAAACUCAGGGCCAUUAACCCAGAGAACGGCUUUUUCGGAGUUGCCCCUGGAACCUCGAUGAAGACCAACCCCCAUGCCAUGGCAACGAUCGCCAAAAACACCGUCUUCACCAAUGUGGGAGAGACCAGCGACGGAGGGGUGUGGUGGGAGGGGCUAGACCCCCCUCCAGCCGGGGUCUCGCUAACAGACUGGCAUGGGAAUUCAUGGAAGCCAGGAGACCCCACGGCCUGCGCCCACCCAAACUCCAGGUUCUGUGCCCCGGCAGCACAGUGCCCCAUCAUCGACCCACAGUGGGAGAGCGAGGAGGGCGUGCCCAUUGACGCCAUCAUCUUCGGGGGCAGAAGACCUGAGGGUGUCCCUCUGGUGUACGAGAGCUUUAAUUGGCGCCAUGGUGUGUUUGUUGGGGCGGCCAUGAGGUCAGAGUCCACUGCUGCUGCUGAACACAAAGGUAAAGUUGUCAUGCACGACCCCUUUGCCAUGCGUCCCUUCUUCGGGUACAACUUUGGGGACUACCUGGCCCACUGGCUCAGCAUGGAGCACAGGAAGGGCCCCACGCAGUUGCCUAAGAUCUUCCACGUCAACUGGUUCCGGAAGGACCCAAAGUCAGGGGCCUUUCUCUGGCCGGGCUUCGGGGACAACGCCCGCGUGCUGGAGUGGAUCUUCAGACGGUGCGGGAGGCAGACAGAGGACGAGGCAGCAGACAGGAGCAUGGUGGGAUGGCUGCCCAAGCAGGACGCCAUUGACCUGCAGGGCCUCGGCCAGAAGGUGGACAUGGGCGCCCUGUUCAGCUUGCCCAAGGCAUUCUGGGAGAAAGAGACCCAGGAGCUCCGUGCGUACUUCACCCAGCAGGUCGGGGCUGACCUUCCCCCUCAGGUAGAAGGAGAGCUGAAAGCCCUGGAGCAGAGGGUGAGGGAGUAAUGUAUAGAGAUGGAAAGUGGAGGAAGGGGUGAGGGGGAGUGGGAAAUGAAAGGAUGGGGAGGGGUUGAAUGGACUGAUCUAGUCAGGCAUUGGGGUUUGAAAUGCUGUCAAAAAAUCAAAACUGAAAGAGACCGUCAACUGUAGCUGCAGCUGUUGUGUGAGCUAGCACAUUCUGAGCGCAGUCUAUGAGUGUGCCUUAUCAACACUAUGCAAUUAAGCUUCGCUUUAAUGGAAUGUUUACAAAUGAAAGCACAACAAAUCACCUUUUAAAUAAUUUUUAAGCCAAACAUUGCCUUCACUUGAAACCCUGAGUAUACCGCAUCCUGAUUGGUCUGUGAUGCAGGGACCCUGGAGAAUACCAAAGCGUUUUAAACAUGACUUUGUAAUUUUUGAAGCUAAUUAAAGUUCAUUUAAAAAUGCAGAUUUACUUGUUUCUUACAAUAUGGGACCAGAGCCAAUAUUUGUGUAUGAGUUUAAUGGAAGGAUCUGGAACAGUCAUUUCUUGCCUUUAUUAAAAAUGAAAUGCAAAGA